UGCACCACAUGAAACAUCCUCUGCCUCCCAAGCCUCCCGUGGCUGUGGGCACAGCGCAGCAGCAGCAGCAGCAGCAGCUCUUGGCUGCUGGACUCCGCAGGGAGGGAAGAUUGGAUCACGAUGUCCCAGCAGAAAUGCAUCGUGAUCUUCGCCCUGGUGUGCUGCUUUGCCAUUCUCGUCGCACUCAUAUUUUCUGCCGUGGACAUCAUGGGAGAGGACGAGGAUGGACUCUCAGAAAAAAAUUGUCAAAAUAAAUGUCGAAUUGCCCUGGUGGAAAAUAUUCCUGAAGGCCUUAACUAUUCAGAAAAUGCACCAUUUCACUUACCACUUUUCCAAGGCUGGAUGAAUUUACUCAACAUGGCCAAAAAGUCCGUUGACAUAGUGUCUUCCCAUUGGGAUCUCAACCACAGCCACCCAUCCGCAUGUCAGGGUCAACGUCUUUUUGAAAAGUUGCUCCAACUGACUUCGCAAAACAUCGAAAUCAAGCUAGUGAGUGACGUAACAGCUGACUCAAAGGUAUUAGAAGCCUUGAGAUUAAAGGGAGCCGAGGUGACCUACAUGAACAUGACCGCCUACAACAAGGGCCGGCUACAGUCUUCCUUCUGGAUCGUGGACAAGCAGCACGUUUACAUCGGCAGCGCGGGCUUGGACUGGCAGUCUCUGGGCCAGAUGAAAGAACUCGGUGUCAUCUUCUACAACUGCAGCUGCCUGGUCCUGGAUUUACAGAGGAUAUUCGCUCUGUAUAGCUCAUUAAAAUUCAAGAGCAGAGUACCUCAGACCUGGUCCAAGAGGCUCUAUGGAGUCUAUGACAAUGAAAAGAGAUUGCAGCUUCAGCUGAACGACACCAAAUCCCAAGCAUUUGUGUCGAAUUCUCCCAAACUCUUUUGCCCGAAAAACAGAAGCUUUGACAUAGACGCCAUCUACAGUGUGAUCGAUGAUGCCAAGCAGUACGUCUACAUCGCUGUCACCGACUACCUGCCUAUCUCCAGCACAAACACCAAAAGGACUUAUUGGCCAGACUUGGAUGGGAAAAUCAGAGAAGCCUUAGUUUUGCGAAGCGUUAAAGUUCGACUCCUUAUAAGCUUCUGGAAAGAAACGGACCCCCUUACAUUUAACUUUAUUUCAUCUCUUAAAGCUAUUUGCACUGAAAUAGCCAACUGCAGUUUGAAAGUUAAAUUUUUUGAUCUGGAAAGAGAGAAUGUUUGUGCUACGAAGGAACAAAAGGAUCACACCUUUCCUAAAUUAAAUCGGAACAAGUACAUGGUGACAGAUGGCGCAGCUUACAUUGGCAAUUUUGACUGGGUGGGGAACGAUUUCACCCAGAACGCUGGCACGGGCCUCGUGAUCAACCAGGCCGAUGUGAGGAACAACAGGAGCAUCAUUAAGCAGCUGAAGGAUGUGUUUGAGCGGGACUGGUACUCGCCCUACGCCCGGACCUUGCAGCCCACCAAGCAGCCCAACUGUUCUAGCCUGUUCCGACUCAGACCUGCCUCAAACAAAAGUGCCAUGUACAGUGCCAGCGCCAAGGACCCCGCCAGCACCUAACGGGAAGGGACCGCAGGACAGCACCCGUUUCCUAUUUCUACAUAAAGGACUUGAGGAGAGAAAACCAAUUUAAUAUUUCUUUUUUUAGGGAAAAAAAGCACACUCACACAAAAAUAUUCUCUGAACGCCCUGUACUAUCUUAUGUAACAGUAUCUUAGCGGCGUGUACACUAAGUGUAGGGUUUUUGUAUCUGUGACUCCUGACAGAGAAUGUCCUUUCAGCCUGGAAGUUAGUUUUUACGUUUGCAUACAGAUUUUAAGACUUUGAUGCCUCUUCCUUCCUAGUUUUAGGAUUUUUUCUGCAGCCCCACCUGCUCUGUUCCUACAAAACUUAGCAUGAGGUCAGCGCGUUCACACCCUUCUUAGCGAGGUGAGUGCGGCUUUCACCCCAGACAAGGGGCUGAUCGAGCCAAGUGUUUGCUCUGUAAACUGUCUCCAAGACCCGUCCAGCCGGCCGAGCAUGAACAGCUGGCAUCCCACGCCAGCCUCCGCGCUCUUGAAAAGCACCCUUUUGCCUCCUUGUCCAUCUUCUUCGGAUACCGCACCUUUUAUUUUGUGUCAUUUUCUCCUCCCUGAAAAUGUUCUUAUUAGCAGUGCCCCUAUCUUCGCUUCAAUGCGAGUUCCAACUCUGAUGACAUCUCUUGGAAAUGUAGGAAUUCCUCAGAGUGCAGACCAGAUGGAAAUGGCAGUCUUUCGUUUGCUCCUUUCAACUGCAUUUCCCCCUAAAAUUUAUAGUUUAAAACCACAUCCAGCAAUAUGUAUCCUUUCUCUCAAGCUCAGAAACAUUAUGUAGCUGCCUGCUAAUAUCCAGCAAGCUAUUAAGUCUGCAUUAUGAGAAUAAAGUAGUUUUUCACGUUUUUGUUUACCUUCCAGUAUUAUAAAGGAAAGCUCUCUAUGCAUCUGUGGAUUUUAAUUUCUUUAGGAUCAUUCAUUAUGCUGUUAAUGGUAUGCCAGCAAACCUUUAUAGAGCUAUUUAAUAUACCAAAUGCUUUUCAGAGAAAUGCAAUUUAAAUACUGUGCUUAACAUAUUUUACUAAGAAACAAAAAUAUUGGAUUAUUGUUCUACAAUGUCGUCAUGUGUUGCUCUUUUAUAUCUAUACAGUGUAUAACCCUACACUCAUGGAGACUGUUGCCACAUGAGAGACAGGCAUGGCCUCUUGGGAGCCCAGAGCAUGUGGGAGACUUUCUUCCACCAGGAGGCCAGUCUUAAGCUUGCUCCUGACUCUCUAGGGCCUGGGAUAGAGUCCUGCACUCCUUGGGCUCGUGUUUCUAUUGGUCACGUAGGGACAGUAAUACUCACCUACCUCGCGUGGAUGUUGUCAUGGUAGGAAAUAUUUAUAACUUGUUUUAAAAUCAAAAGAACCUGUAUAAAUGCUAAGCAUUGUGAUAUAUAAUCUUUUUCUUGAAAUAAUCUUUGUGGUACCCUGAUGUAAUCCGUACCAGGUUGUCCUAGACAACCUACAAGGGAAAACAAAUCCACAGCCUCUGGCCCCAAAUGUGGGCGGACACAGUAACUCAAAAACCCCACUGGAGAUCAGGAUUGUCAUCAUCAUUUUGGUGGUGUGUUUUGUCGGGUCACUUCAGCAUAAAUAACACCCACACAAAGCCAGACAUUGUGUUGGGGAUCGUCUUUUAGGACCAGCAUAUACAUGUGUUUUUAGAGUGGGGGGGGGGAAGCAAUCUCAAUUAUUAUUUUUUGUAUCUAGAGACUUGCUUUCUGCUUCGCCAGGUAGAGUCAUGGAAGAACCUAUGACUCUCACCCAGUGGGUUUGAUUGGUUGUGGAAGGGCCACUGAUGGUUAGCUAGUGGCCACAUAACUCCUUUCCUGUUGCUUCCGAGAUAGGCUUUACUGGACAUUUGACCAGUGAAGAGAGCUGGGAGGGAGUGCAUGAUUCUUACUGAAAUUCUUUACCAGUGAUGGCUGGGCCCAUAAGACUCUAAAUAUAUACCAUAUACUCAGUUGUUAUUUGAGUAGGUGGCUAGCCUGCCUAUCAUCUCAGUAAAGUAAAGGUGGCUUUGGAAAUGAUUUUAAAAAGAAAGAAAAAAGAACAAGCAAAGAGUAGGCAUGGAGACAAACAUAUCAAGUUCAGUUUUGGACAAGGAAAAGCAACUAGGGCUAGGUUUGAAAAGAGCGUCGAAGAAGAGAGAUGUGGUUGCCUCCUCAUUAGUUCUCAAGUGUCACCGGGAUGUGUGUCACAGCUGUGGGACAAGCGCUGAGUUGGCAUAAUGGAGCUGUGAUAGGAGAGAAUGGUGUGCUUUAUGAAAGGGCCCCCAUUGCCAUUCCCCUCUGUGCCCAUCAGUACAGUGGCACCAGGAACUGCACCCUGGGACCUUGUGCCCUCCCUGGCCCAGCAGCCCACCAGCUCCACCAGGCUGCUGACUCCCAGAGGCAGCGCUGGCCUCCAGGCAGCCAGGAAAACAGCCCCUGAACAGAGAGUGUCAUAACAGGCCCAAGUCUCCUAAGAGAACAUUUAAUUUGGCAGAACUUUCUUUUGCAUUUGGAUGCUUUAUCUACCCUCCUAGGAGUGGCCUUCCUCUCUUUCUGACUCUGCGUCUGUGCUAAACAGACUAACAACUCCCAUUCCCCCCCCUCACACACACACACACACAAACACCCCACUAGUUAUUUCCCAAGAGAAAAAGUAAAGCAACACAAAAACAAUCUGACAGAUGUCCCUGCCAGAAAUUAGGAGGAAGAGGGUAACCACUAACCUCCAUUUUUUUUUCCUCCAUAAAAUUCCAGGAGUUAUUUCCCAAAGGGGAAAAAGAAUGCAAACACCAUUCGAGACCAUAGUUUAGAUUCCUGUGUCGCUUACAUCAAUCUAGUGCCUUAUUUAUUCUCAAACUUUGAUUUUAAAUAGUGAUUCACUCUUUGAGAAUACUUCCACUUACCAUGCAGUCCAGAAAGACCUUCUCAUGGGUCUUCUGGUCAAAAACAUGUGAGUGUCAAUAGCUUUCAUGUAGCCCACUCUCCUCCCAAGCCACACAGCGCUGACCACCCCCAAGUCCUUGACACACGCCGUCAAACAUCAGCAGUGUUGGCCUCCCCUGUGCUGCCACCGGCCUCUAGUGCAUCCACUAGCUGAAUCACAGCUUAUCAAACCACCGGAGAGGAAGUGGAAUGAUAUCCAUGCUCUGUGAAUGCCACGCUUUGGGUACCUGAAAACGACAGAAGCGAGGCACACUGAAAAUGUCCCCACUUUAAAGGACCUCGUAAAGAGACGCUAGUAGACUUCCAAAGUCUCGUGGAACAUAGAAUGGAAACUAGUGUCUAAAAGUCAAAGCAGACCCAGUAAAAGAAACAAAAAGAGCUGUGAAAACUUGGCAUCUGUGUAGCUCUGGGCACCUUUUUCUAUUCGGGCUCUAUCUGUUUUAUUGUUUGUCUCACAUCCGAACUGGCUCUUGGUGAGAUGGGUGUUGUCACACUGUUGGUUGAUCUCACCCCUAGAAAACCGUGUUUUUAUCACUGCAGUGGCCAGGUUGCUCAAAGUGCCUCCUGAACCUGGGACGGACAGAAGCCCAUUUCCCACCAGCCUGUGGCUGUUCUCAAGUGACUUUGAUCCAUUCUGAGUUCUGUUUGUUUUUAGGAACUUCUAUUGAACUAAAUUCCAGGGGAAACAAAACAAAAUGAAAAGACUGUAAGAACUUCUUGAUAAGAUCAGACCCAGGGUUUGUCUGUCUCAGGAAUUGUACCCUAGAACCUGCCUUUUUUUCAUAUGUAUAAUCACUUGUGUGACUUUCUUUGUCCAGAAUUUAUUCCAUUAUCACCAAUAUUUAAGGGAUAUAAAAAGCUUUCUUCACUUGUGAUGGAACAGUUACCUUCUUAAUGAAAAAGACUUUGCUAUUGGUUAUUCAGAUUCAGUCUCUAAUGAACAGCCCCAUACAUUGUGGCCGAAUGUUCGAUUCUUUGGAUUUCUGUGCUUAUUCUCAAUGAACUGGUGCACUUUAUUAUAAGCUUUUUGAAGGGGAGAUUCAUAUAAUGUCUAUUUGACCUAAGGUAGAGUGGAUAAAUGAAUCCAUAUUCAGAAUUUUUCCAUUUGCUAUGAUUUAGCUUUUUUUUCUUUUUCUUUUAUAUGCUGGUGACCAAAUAGCUAUUCAUCAUUUUUACCUUAUUGAUGUAAAUUGAUGAAGGAUUUUUGAUAGCACUGAAGUCAACCCCAGUUCAUUGCCUGCCUUUUCCGUUUGAGAGAAUUCCCAUUGGUGGCUGAAUUAUGAAGGCUUUUAAUGGUGACUAGAUAGGUAUUCUUCAGAAGCUUCUUGAAAUAGAAACCAAAUUUUCUAAUUUUUGACCCAUCAGCAAGCAGUCUUGUACAUACAGAGUUCUAAAAAAAGGUCAUCGACCACUUCUGCUUCCUUUGGCAAUUUGCUGAGAAGAAAUGGGAGAUUUAAAAGGCUUUUCUGCAUUUUCUUCUGUUAUGUUCAACUACUAAACUUCUGAUUCUGUUACAAAGGACAUCUUGGAUUUUUAAUGUUUCUUUAUGUAAAUAGGAUCAAGUUGUGCCUGAUCAUAGCUAUCCUACUGACCUUAAGAUCCCUGAAUAAAUCGGUGUCAUAAAGGGCUGGAUUUGGGGGCAGUCAUUAAAAUUCUCAAAACUUUCA